UACUUAUUCUGUUAAUUUGUUCUUUAGCUGAAGAAUUCGCAUUCAAUCCCGUGCUGGACUUCUUCAUCCACGCCAUGAACUCGAUAGUCAUGUUCCUGCUGCUGAUGACGUCACGGCACCCUGUGCAUCUACUGCAGUUCGUCUACCCGUUCGGCUUCGCAGUGGUCUAUAUGGCCUUCUCCAUCAUCUACUACUACGCGGGAGGAACUAAUCCACAAGGCGAAGUCUGGAUAUACCCAGUGCUGGACUGGUCCAACCCCGGCUUGACCACGGGGGUGGUGUUUGGGUGCGCGGCGCUGGUCAUCAUCGUGCACUGUCUGGUGGUGCUCAUGGCGCUGUUCCGGGACUACCUCACCAGCACCUGCCUCUCUAGCAAACGGAACAGCUUAGAUAUCGCAGAGUAUUGAUAAAAACGUUGGUAGAGACAGAAUUUGUACCUGGCCGUCGCCAAGACCGGGUCGUUGGGAUUAAUAAAACUUGUCAAGAGUAGAAAAGGGAAAUAUGUAAAAUAUUAAGCUAAAUAUGGCAUGAAACGUAAUUAAAUGUAAUUAGUAUCUACGAUUAGAUGCGAUUUUGAAACUAAAAAAAAGUUUUCACAAUCAUAUAGCGUUUCCAAAGCAGUUCAUCCAAAGAUUGUUGAUGUUUGAACAUCAUUGCCCAAUAAUAUGAUUCAGCAAAAUCUUUGUGCAAUGCAACAGCAACUCAAGUUGACUAAUAUAAUACGUUUAAAAGUGUAUUCAUUCUUCAUGGAAUUUAUGUACAUGAACAUCUGAUAGAGCUCUAUUUACUAUUGGUGCGUAUUAGUGAUGUAGAGCUUCUGAGGAUAUUGAACAUUAACGGUUCUUUAUUAUGUAAAAGGUAUUAGUUUAUAUUGUUUAAAUGUGGAUUUUUGAACAAUACAAAAUUGAUACUUCAAAUUAGUUAGAAUGAUUGUAGCUGUAAUAAUUUAUUCGUUUUUGUUUUCAGGGUAGGUAGAUUUAGGCUAAAGUGUUUAUAUUUUUGUAAAAUAAAUUAUUUAAUACAUCCAA